GCCCCCCCCAGGGGGAGGAGCUUCAGUCUCUGAGGAGUCAGCUGUUAUUGGUCCACAGUCAGCUGCAGUAUGAACGCUUCAAACGCCAGCAGCACGCCAUCAGAAACCGCCGCCUACUGCGGAGAGUCAUCAACGCCACCUCGCUGGAGGAGCACAACGUCGCUAUGGUCAAUUUUAGACAGAGGCUGCAGAGCGAGCUUCAGGAGUGUCAGAGCAGGUUGAGGGACCUGGAGGCGGAGCUUCAGAGAGCCAAUAACAUGGCUUAUAAUGCAGAGCACCAACUAACGGAGCUGUCAGUCAAGUUGUGCAACAGUGAGCAGCUGCAGCAGCAGAUGUUCCUGUUGAACCAGCAGCUCGUCCUGCUGAGAGAAACUAACAGAGCUCUGAGUGACCAGCUGGAGGCGGGAGAGACACACCAACACACUGAGAAGUCCAUGCUGCAGUGCAGUGUGGGUAAGGAGUACCAGCGUCUGAGGGACAGUGACGUCCAGCAGAGACAGAAGCUGGAAGCAGCCAAUCACAGGAUAGCAGAGCUGGAGAGCCAGCUGGCCAAGAAGGACCAGCUGAUCCUGGACCAGAAGAAACUGCUGGAGGACACCAAGACCCAGAGCAGAGGUGAGUUGUCGGCGUGUGAGAGUCGCUGCGCCGCUUUGAGGAGGGUCACUCAGACGCUUCAGAUGGAGACACUACACCUGUACAGUCAGAUCCACCUGGACGCCUCGACUCACAGCCGGCCGCAGGACGUCAGGCCAAAUGGCGGCAGUUUCGCCUUACCGGCACCCCAUCUCAGCCACAAGCCCCGCCCCUCCUCCUCUUCUUCUGUGGGAAUUAUAAAUGGAGCUGUGGAGACCUUCUCCACCUCCCCCCUGCACCUCCCCUCCUGUUCCUCCUCCCCCCUCUCCCUCUCCCCCAUCGAGUCCCCCCUGGCCGUCGGCUCCUUCCUGGAGCAGCACGCCCGGCAGCUUUUCAGAUCAACCAAUCAGAGCCAGGAGGAGGAGGAGCAACAGGAGGAGGAGGAGGAAAAGGAAGAGGAGGAGGAGCAGGAGGAGGAGGAGGUUCAGCCAGAAAGCCCUCCUCUGGGUCAGGAGGCAGAAGAGGCCACCCUCCUAGCAGGGAGUCCUCAGAUGGAGCCCCCAAGUCGGGCUGCGGCUCCUGCACUGCCAGCGCCGCCUGCCGACCUGACGCUCGCCGUCCGACAGAGGAGGCAUGAGCUCAGCAUCAUGGACUACGACGAGACACUGCCAGAGUACUGAUAAAGGGUCGAUGGGGGUCCACUUCUGAAGACUGUGAGAUGAUGGUUUUUGUCUGAAGAGACUUUUAGUCGUUGUUUGAGGAUAAAAACCUAUUUAAGCCAAAGUAAGUGAAAGGAAAUCAGUCUUUGUUGUGGAUUAUUCAGUAAAGAGGCGACCAGCAGCUGAUUACAUCACCUGAUCUGUAACAUGAAGCUGCCACGCCGCCUCUCCUCUGCAGCUCAUGGCGCCUCAGCAUCAUCACAACACUACAUGAGAUCCAUGUUGCGAUACUAACCCAGAGAAAUCCUGGAGGGACUGAUUUACCAGCGGUGAUAAGUGGCUGUGGGGUUCCUCAGGGUUCAAGUCUUGGUCCUUUAUUUUUUCAGUUUUCAUGCCGUCGACUGUCAGGCUGCUCCCCUCAGAUCCCACACGCCUCCUUUCUUAUCUGAGUCAUUUUCACAUGAAGACAUCAGAAAUCACAUAUAAAGGCCUCAGAAACCCGAAAAUGAGGCUGGUUUUAGGCCACACCCCCAAAUGCUUCCUUUGCCCCUCAAAUGCCAAACGGAGGCAUCUUUAGCCCCAAAUAAUUCUCACUUUGAGCAGUUGAAAAGACUAAACAAGAACUUGUAUAACCCCCCAACACCUCUUACUGCAAAAUCCGGCAGACCAGGCCGGCUGGAGAACACGUUUUUCUGCUGUAAUCUUCGGAGCUGAUCUUCAUCAGACUGAGCGACUCGUUCAGUCACUGAACCAGCAGCCGAUGACACGUCCGCCGCAGUCAUCAGCUUUAACCUCACUGUGAUUGGAUGCUUAAUGUGCACGUAAACUGACAUAAAUGGUCCUUAAGUUUGGUAAGAGUCAGACUUCCUGUACCGCAGACAUAAUCCACGUUGGGUUCAGUGCUGCAGAAAACAUUCGAGCAAACCUGUUAAACAGCUGCUUCCUGUCUUUAUGCUAAGCUAGGCUAAUGGCGUCCUGACAGCUGAGACGCCUCGCUGUCAGGAGACAAUAAAAACUCUUCCCAAAACGGCCCCUUUGACAGCUGAUGAGGAGGUAAACUUGAGUUCUUAGACGCCAAAGACCUGCUGUCGUCCUCUGCAGGAGCGAACCAGCUGACUCUACGGAUGACGUCAUCUGUGUGGUUGUUUUGUCUUAGGGCGUCUUUCCAUUAACCCUCAAAGUGCACCAAUUGAAAUUGUGAAUCUACCUAAUGGAAAUAUGUCAAUUAAAAAAAAAACUCCCAUUUAUGGCAAAAAAGUUUUUCCACUCAUAUUAGGUGGUAUUUCCAAAAAAGCCAUAUUUGUUUAAACUGCAGUGGAAACCCUUUUUAGUCUUUUCUAGGUCAC